AUGCCGUUCGGCCUUAAGAAUGCGGGUGCCACCUACAUGAGAGCUAUGAAUACCAUUUUCCACGACAUGAUUCAUAACGAGAUUGAAGUAUAUGUGUACGACGUCAUAAUCAAAUCCCAUGAGAGUUCGGAUCACGUGACACAUCUAAGGAAAUUCUUUGAUCGUCUGCGUCGUUACAAUUUGAAGUUAAUUCCCGCCAAAUGCACUUUUAGAGUUUCAGUCAGGAAGUUGUUGGGACUUAUAAAAGCGAUAAAGGCACAAGCUUUGGCUGAUCAUCUUGCAGAAAAUCCCGUUGAUGAAGAGUACGAACCACUCAAGACUUAUUUUCACGAUGAAGAAGUGUUAUUUGUGGGUGAGGAUAUUUCUGAAGCAUAUCCAGGUUGGAGAUUGUUCUUUGAUGGAGCGGCAAAUCAUCAAGGUAAAGGUAUUGGAGAAGUCUUAGUGUCAGAAUCUGGUCAACACUAUCCCAUGGCGGCUAAGCUCUGA